AGUCCACCACGUAAAAGAGAAGUUUGUAAGAAAGUAUCCUGGUCACGUUAUGAUUCGGUAAAUAUCUCUGGACAUCUACUUAUGUUGCCGAGACGAUUCGCAAAUCUAGAGAUUAUUGAGGCUGGCCCAAGUCGAAUUGUCUGCUCCGGCGCUGACCUUCUCACUGAGGAAAACGUCAUAAUUCGGAAGACACCUUUAAAGGACCAAGAGCAAACAGCUCGCGUCUACCAUAAUCUGAAGAUGGGACGACUUCUUCCUCAUCCAAAUAUCCUUUCCGUGCUGGAUGCAUUCGAGGCCGGCGACAGUCUCUAUACCGUAACUGAUAUGAUGGACGGUCGACUGGCUGAUAUCGUUGAUGAGAACCUUAAUCACUUUGUCAUAGCGAAGAUCGUCUAUCAACUACUGUCAGCUUUAGAGCCAUUGCAUUCAAAUGGAUUUCAUCAUGGGGACAUUACGCUCAACUCGGUUUUUAUUAACACGGAUGCUGUAUUGAAAUUGUCAUCCUAUGGCGAUGUUGCCCAAAAUGCUAGUGAGGAGAAGUUCAGGGAAACACCUGAUAAGCGUCCAAGUUGUUUAAUUUUAGAAGACAUCACCUCUGUCGGCUCUAUCCUUGCACGUUUACUUCUUGAAGAAGAAUCUUUCCUAAAUUUGUCAAAAAUCAAAAGUCACAACGAUUUGGAAUGGCGGACAAUUCUUCAGGGCAACAAUGAAUCGGGUCUUGUUGAUUUUCACGCUCGCAACAUGCUUUAUCUCCUUCUGGGUUCCCCUUGCUCUCUAUCCGAUCUCCUUCGACAUCCCUACAUGCUCACAUUCCGUAAGACUUCCGGCAAGGUCCCGCUGAUCGAAGCUGAGCAUAAGGAUCUUUCAGCACUUAGCCUUAACGAUGUCCAUGGUAAGUCCCAGUCUGCUCGUAAUUACAAGAACUAUCUGAAUAAAAAUUUUAAUUUUGAUAAAGGAAAGCCAUGA